AUGCUAAGUCUCUUUGCAUCACACGCACAGAGUCGAGCCAACUUCUAUGUCAUGGCGACUCUUAACCUUUUAGAUGGCAACCAGAACUUUGUCAAUCAAGGACAGUUCGAAGGUUAUCUUAACAGGCUCCGCGAUGCCGGUGUUGAUGGCAUCAUGAUUGAUGUCUGGUGGGGCAGAACAGAGAGAUCCGAGGGCAACUAUGUCUGGUCCGGCUACCAGCGCGCUUUCGAUCUCAUCAAAUCACGCAACAUGAAGAUUAUUCCAGUUUUCUCAUUCCACCAGUGUGGAGGCAAUGUUGGUGAUGACUGCGCCAUUUAUCUUCCAGAUUUCAUCAGGAACUCUAACAAGAACCCAUUCUUCUACGACCAGGAUGGCAAAGUUGACCAAGAGUACAUCUCCAUUGCAUACGAUGACAUCGCAGUUACACCAGCUGGAAGAACACCACUCCAGUGCUACAAAGAUUGGAUGAACAGUUUCAAGCAGACAUUCAACAACUACCUCAAUGAUGGCUCAAUUGUCGAACUUGAGAUCGGUCUUGGUGCAUGUGGCGAACUUCGUUAUCCAUCAUACCAAGCAUGGAAAGGCUGGUCUUAUCCAGGCUGUGGUGAAUUCCAGUCAUAUGAUUCUGAGUUUACAAAGCAAUUACAACAAGAUGCAGUUGCUGCUGGCCAUUCUGACUGGGGUCAUCACCCAUAUAAUGUUGGUGACUGGAACACACAACCAGGAGGCUCCGAAUUUUGGCGCGAUGGCACAUCCAACGGCUGGUCAUCCGCAUACGGCAGAUGGUACAUCAGCUGGUAUGCUUCAAAGCUCAAUACUCACGGCGACAAAGUUCUCCAGAUUGCACGUGAAAUCUUCCCAACAACACACCUUUCUGCAAAGAUUUCUGGCAUCCAUUGGUGGUACAUGACAUCAUGCCACUGCGCAGAAGCCACAGCAGGAUUCAACAACUUCUAUGAUUAUGAUGGUUACAGAGACAUGAUGGCAAUCUUCAAGAAGCACAAUGUUGAUGUCUGCUUCACAUGCCUUGAGAUGACAGCUGGUGGUAAUAGUUCUAAUCCACCAUACCUUGUUGGCCAGAUCUUGAACGAUGCUAAGUGGGCAGGUCUCAACUUUGAAGGUGAGAACGCUCUUGCAGUCUAUGAUUGGGGUUCAUAUCAGAGGUGCAUUGACUGGAAGAACAAAGGCCUCAAGACAUUCACAUACCUCAGAAUGUGCGACACUCUUGUCUAUAACAACGACAACUAUAACACAUUCAAAGGCUUUGUCCAGCAGAUGCACAACUGA